AUGGGCGGUAUCGCCAUUUGGUGCAUGCACUUCAUUGGCAAUAUCGCACUCACGCUUGCUGAGGGCGAGACAGAGAUGCAGAUUGUGUACUCCAGUGGCAUGACAGUACUCUCCUUCUGCAUGCCUGUUCUUGUCCUCCUCGCCGCAUUCUACGCGAUCGGCAUCUCGAAUCGAAUCGCCUGGUGGAGAGUGAUAACUGCCGGUAUCCUUUGCGGCUGUGCCAUCUGCGGCAUGCACUAUUUGGCCAACGCUUCCAUCAGAAACUAUCAGUGCAUCUACGAACCGGCAUAUAUCGUGGGUGCUGCUAUUAUUGCUGUCGCUGCGAGCACUGUUGCGUUGGCCAUGUUCUUUAUCUUCCAGUCGCUCUCGGCGAGUAGUUGGUGGAAGCGAACUAUUUCUGCCAUCAUCCUUGCUGGCGCGGUAUCCAGUAUGCACUGGUGUGCCUCGGUUGGUACUCAGUAUAGACUGCUUCAUCUGAAGAAACUGGAACGAGGAUCACGCACUGCAACCGCGGUGGCAGUUAUUUGCUUAUCUUUCAGUGCCUGCAUUAUCAUUGCUGGAUCGGCUAUCCUACGAGCCCGCACUUUAAGAGAUGCAGCCCUUCGUGCUCAGCAGAUUGAGCUAGCGGCGGUUGUCUUCAAUAAAGACGGAUGUCUUCUCGUCGAUAGCAACGGAGUCUUCCCAAACACUGUUGUCACCGAUUUCUUUAUUGGAGAGAAUACCGACGACAAAUUCAACACUGCCCAUCCUCAGUUCCACUGGAUGUUUCAGGCUUCUCGGAAUUGGACUGGAAUAUCGGGAUUGAUAAAUGGCAUGAAGCAACAUCUACGACAGCUACCGCACAAAAGCCACCAUAAAGAUCCGACAAAAGGAAUUCAGCUUAUCAACGACGAUGGAGAGCUUAUUCAUGGAUAUUCAGUCAUCUUCCGCGAGCUAUUCUGCGUUGCCGCCUCCAAGCUCAGCGAUCGUCUCGACGAAUCUAUCACGACGAUGGGUAUUCUAUGGGACGAAAUUAUACCCAAACGAUCAGUCGCGAACCCUGCCUACCUACAAGCCCUCGAGAAGCAUCGCGACAAUCGAAUUCCCGACACGAGCGAGAUACUACGCAAGGAAUCGACGACUACAGGAGAAAGCCACCUGGAGAAGGGAGUUGGGAUUGAGCUUGAGAGUGAAAUCGACGGACGAGGAGCACUCAUGUUUCUAGUCCGUCGUCUUACAUCAGAUGAUGAGGUGAAACGACUUGAGACGGCUGGGUAUCGAUUCGUCGACCCUGUUCAGGUAUGCAACGAUGCGAGGAACCAUUUGCAGAUGCAGAUCCAGUCCAGCGAGUUCGAACUCAAGCUACGCGACAUGAAGACUUUUAUCUCACAACAAUGCCGUAUUAAGCCUGGGGUUCAUCUUGGCCUAUUCGCACUUCAGGAUCGCGGGCUUAACAAUCAUCACGUCCUGGUGCAAAAGGGUGCUCGCGAUUUACUUCCCUUGACACCUCUGCCGCUAAGCACUAUAGACGAGACGCAAGUCAGAAUGGUACAAGGACUAAGUGGGUUUCGAAUUCCUGAGGUUGUUCAACGGCUGAGGACUCCGGGCGCGUCUCCGAGAUCUCCUGAUGAAGAAUUGUUUGCCCACUAUCUUUCCAAUGCCAUUCACUCACUACAUGAAUGGGUGCAGGAACCUUUAUUUCAUGACGCGGUGCUUAGUCCUACUAUACUACGACUUCCCUACGGAAUCGACGGAGGUGACGCAGAGGAGACAGUCAUCAUGGCAUUGAGACUCAAGAUAUCGCAUCCUGUCAUCUCAGCCGGUCCCAACUGCCAAUGGGUCCCCCUCAACUUCUUUGGUAUGCGACAGGUCUUGGAACAGUCUCGACAGGAGUUUGUGCGGGUUCUACACCAGGACUUUGAUCCUUCAACGAUGCCCGCAAGCCGGGCUAAUAACGAGCUCACUUCUGGGCCUCUAUCAACACUCCGCCGACUAAAACGCUCCGAAGGAUCAAUCAACUCAAAGGGGAAGAAGCCCCGGGCCCCAAUAAUGAGACUUAGAGCCUCGUCAAAGGACUCUACACGAUCUUCCUCAACAAUAAACCUAUGUCCCGCGGAGAGCAGCGAAGCCCACAACGAGCGCCUCCCAUCAAGCGACACAGUGGAUGUCUACCCCCCUGAGCGCCAUUACACCUCACAUCAACAAUCAUUCCUAAACGGUGGCAUUGUUGUAUUCCAAGAGGUGACCGUUCAGGUGGAACAGAAGAAGUCCGAGUCUAGAAGUGACUUGGAGCUAUCGUGGAGUCACGACACGGUAACUGAGCCGCCGAAAGUACAUCAGCGACAUAACAAGAAGAAUGAAAUGCCAGUUAUACAGAAUAUUGAACUACAACCGUCAGGGAGGGGAACGACAGAGGUUUCAGUUGAGUCUCGUUGGCUGCAUAGUUUUGGUCACGCGGAUAACAACAUCACGACGAUGGCCUCUUUUAUAGAUACUUUAAUUCUAGAGUCUAGUCACUCUGCUACGUAG